GUGAACUUUGUGGAGGAAAGUAAAAACCGCUGCUGUCCGUCCCUCCUUUCAGUUCCUCCCAAAAAGCUCAGUCGUCUUCCUUGUUCUUCUCUUUUUUCCCAGCCCACUGACUUGUCCCCAAAUCCCAGCUGCGCGUUUUCUAGGGUUUAUCAAUUCUCACUUUCUGGUAACCGAUUUUUUCUCCUUUCUCUCCUUAUUUAUUUGAUUUUCUGUUGUCGUCUAUUAAAUAUACUGAUUAAUUCAAAAGAUACAAUUCUUAUUCCUUCGCAUCUCAGAUUUUGGUUUCAAAUUUUCCGAUCGAUUACCUUUUCUCGUUCAAUUUUACUUCGAUCUGUGCUUUAAUUUGAUUGAUUUCUGGAAUGGCGAACAUUGAUAUUGAAGGAAUACUGAAGGAGAUUCCCGAGGAUGGAAGAGUGCCAAAGACGAAGAUCGUGUGUACUCUAGGGCCAGCUUCGAGGUCGGUGCCGAUGCUCGAGAAGCUGUUGAGAGCCGGGAUGAAUGUAGCUCGAUUUAAUUUCUCACAUGGAACCCAUGAAUAUCAUCAGGAGACUCUUGAAAAUCUCAAGAUUGCUAUGCAGAACACACAGAUCUUGUCUGCUCUUAUGCUUGAUACCAAGGGACCUGAAAUUCGUACUGGAUUUCUGAAGGAUGGGAAGCCCGUUCAACUGACAGAGGGACAUGAAAUCACCGUUUCCACUGACUACACUAUCAAGGGAGACUCAGAGAUGAUUUGUAUGAGCUAUAAGAAGUUGGCUGUGGAUCUUAAACCAGGAAACGUCAUCUUGUGUGCCGAUGGUACUAUUACCCUCACUGUUCUGUCUUGUGAUACAGCUGCUGGAACUGUGAGGUGCCGAUGUGAGAACACUGCCGUGUUGGGUGAGAGGAAAAAUGUUAACCUUCCUGGUGUUGUUGUUGAUCUGCCUACCCUCACAGAGAAGGAUACAGAAGAUAUAUUGGAGUGGGGUGUACCAAACAACAUUGAUAUGAUUGCUCUGUCUUUUGUCCGAAAGGGGUCUGAUCUUGUUCAUGUCCGUAAGGUUCUUGGUCCCCAUGCUAAACAUAUUCAAUUGAUGUCAAAGGUUGAGAACCAGGAGGGUGUGAUCAACUUCGACGAGAUUUUAAGGGAGAGUGAUUCUUUCAUGGUUGCUCGUGGUGAUCUUGGAAUGGAGAUUCCAGUUGAAAAAAUCUUCUUGGCACAGAAGAUGAUGAUUUACAAGUGUAACCUUGCAGGCAAACCAGUGGUAACUGCAACCCAGAUGCUUGAAUCUAUGAUAAAAUCACCAAGGCCCACCCGAGCUGAAGCCACCGACGUCGCCAACGCCGUCCUUGACGGAACCGAUUGUGUGAUGCUUAGUGGCGAGAGUGCAGCCGGGGCUUACCCCGAGCUAGCUGUCAAGAUCAUGGCUCGUAUCUGUAUCGAGGCGGAAUCUUCCCUCGAUUACGCGGCCAUCUUCAAGGAAAUGAUCAGGGCAACUCCACUCCCAAUGAGCCCAUUAGAGAGUCUUGCAUCUUCCGCUGUCCGAACCGCUAAUAAAGCGCAGGCGAAGCUCAUUGUUGUGAUGACACGUGGCGGUACAACUGCCAAAUUGGUCGCUAAGUACAGGCCCGCAGUACCGAUCCUGUCAGUAGUUGUCCCUGUAUUGACAACUGACUCUUUUGACUGGACUUGCAGCGAUGAAACCCCAGCAAGGCACAGUCUUGUGUACAGAGGUUUAAUCCCUCUAUUAGCCGAGGGGUCUGCUAAGGCAACUGACUCGGAGUCUACCGAGGUGAUAUUGGAGGCUGCCUUGAAGAAAGCAACCGAGAGGGGGUUGUGUUUGCCUGGUGAUGCUAUCGUGGCACUUCAUCGUAUUGGUGCUGCAUCCGUGAUCAAGAUAUGCAUCGUGAAGUAAUUGUUGUCAACAGCGUACUUUAGUCUUGACACUGGUCCAUUGGAAGUAUGGGCGGUAUGUUGGUGGCUUACCUUAUUUUGAUGGUACUUUUACUACGGUUUGUAAUGUCUUGGCCGAAUUAUUUUUGGAUUACUCUUAGUUGUUAUGAUUAUGGUCUUACAACAGAUCAGUGUUUUGCAUCUCUUAAACUAGAAAUAAACCCAAGGACAGAUAAAUCUCAGGCAACUGUGUUUUUAAUUCUUGGA